AUGGAAUUGUUCGGUCAGACCAACAUGCAGAAGCUCGAGGCCAUCUUCUGCUGCGUUGGCGGCGGCGGUCUGAUCGCCGGUAUCGGCGCUUACGUUAAGCGGAUGGCACCUCACGUCAAGAUCAUUGGUGUCGAGGCGUACGAUGCUAACGCCAUGGUCGAGUCGCUGAAGAAGGGCGAGCGUGUCAUCCUCAAGGAUGUUGGCCUAUUUGCCGACGGCGCUGCCGUCAAGACCGUCGGCGAGGAGACGUUCCGCAUCUGCAAGGACGUCGUGGAUGAGGUUAUCGAGGUUACUACCGACGAGAUUUGCGCCGCUAUCAAGGACAUGUACGACGAUACCCGAUCUGGCCUCGAGCCCGCCGGCGCCCUCUCUAUUGCCGGCCUGAAGAAAUACGUUGCCCAGAACCCAUCCGAGAACCGCAACAGGAAUCUUAUUGCUGUCACCUCAGGCGCAAACAUGAACUUUGACCGGCUCAGGUUUGUUGCCGAGCGCGCCGCCCUUGGUGAGGGCAAGGAAGCCCUCCUUGCCGUUAGCAUCCCCGAAAGGCCUGGCUCGUUUUCCGAGCUCAUCAGUGCCGUCAUGCCUCACGCCAUCACUGAAUUCUCCUACCGUUAUGCCACCCCAGAGCUCGCCAACAUCCUGAUCGGUAUCUCGCUCACAAGCCCGGCGUACCAGCGGGCUCAUGAGCUCGAAAGGCUCCUAGAUCGCAUCCGGGCUGGUGGUAUGAGUGUCGCCGACCUCUCGGGCGACGAGCUUGCCAAGACCCAUAUCCGUUACCUCGUCGGAGGCCGCUCCAACGUGGCCAACGAGAGGCUAUACAUGUUUAACUUCCCCGAACGGCCCGGCGCGCUCGAGAAGUUCGUCACCACCCUCAAGCCCAAGUUUAACAUCAGCCUCUUUCAAUACCGCAACUACGGUGGCGAUGUUGCCAAGAUCCUGACGGGCAUCCUGUGUCCCGACGACGAGGUGCCAGAGUUGGAGAAGUUUCUGGACGCCAUUGGCUACCCUCGCGAGGAUUGCACCGAGUCAACCGUGUUCAAGACGUUCCUUCGUUCGUAA